AUGUCUUCAGUGAUGCAACAAUCAGACGUAUCGGAAUCGGACUAUGGAGGUUAUGUUAUUCAUCCUUCCCUGAAAGUUACUUACGCAUUUGUACUUUUACUCAAGAGGAGAGAUAAUCCUGUCUUGUCUUCAGUUAAAUCAUGCCGUGAGAGACGCAAGUGCAUCACAGCGUUUGAACAAAAAGCAGAUAGAGUCUUUCUCGUACGGUUAAAGAAAUCUACUGUCGAGGUUGGACAUUUAGAAAUGAGCGGUGGGUACGGACAUAAAGAUCUCUCUAGAUCAACAUGA